UUGAAUUUUGCAGUCUGCGCUUUAAUCGUUGAUUCUUGUUCUCGUUCGUAUUUUAAAUACUGGAUUUAAACAACGGAGCUGUGUGAAAAAUAAGGGUAUUUUAAUUGCUAUAAAUGUUUUAAAAAUGGAAACCCAUUUUGCCUAUAUAUCGUUAACAAUUGUUGCCGUCCUGUUCACAGGAAUUUAUUUUCAAAUUAUGCAAUUGACAUCUACGGUAAAUUAUGUGCGACAAAAUUUUAAGAAUAACAAUCGGUUUGACCUUAGAGAAGUACAAUUGAAAAUGAUGAAUCAACAACAAAUACUGGCAAUUGAAGCAAGAGAUCAUCUCUAUAGUAGUACAUUGAUAGAAGAUCCAAGUGUUGUUACAAACAAAGCAGUUUUGUUUACAAAUAAAAGUGUUUUAGAUUUCAAUUGCCAAGCUUUAAUCAACGGCGACAAUAAUGAAAUGAGCAGAUAUAUUAAAGGGUUUGAAAAUCACAAGAUAAAUAAAACUUUAGAUGUUAAAACUAGGUUUUCCAACAUAACCGCGAACUGUACACACUUUGUGACACACAGAGGAUACAUCACAGACGCAUUGACAAAAGAAGAGAAACAGUUUCCGAUUGCUUUCAGUAUCCUAAUACAUGAGGAAGUUAAGCAGGUUGAAACACUUUUACGUGCGAUAUACCGGCCCCAGAAUCUUUACUGCAUUCAUGUAGACAGAAAAAGUACUGCAGCGUUUUAUGAAGAAAUCCUUGCAAUUUCAUCUUGUUUUGACAAUGUUUUCUUGACCUCACAAAGGUUUGACGUGAAAUGGGGCACAAUGUCGGUCUUAGAACCAGAAAUUGAAUGUAUGAAGGAUCUUUGGAACAAAAGAGUGUCUUGGAAAUACUUUAUAAAUUUGACUGGCCAGGAAUUUCCAUUGCGAACAAACUUUGAACUUGUGAAAAUACUCAGAGCUUACAAUGGAGCCAACGAUAUAUCCGCAACACUGCGAUUAGCUAAUAAGGAAAGAUGGUCGAAUGCUGGACCAGCCCCUCAUAAUAUCCGACCUUCAAAAGGGGCCGUGCACAUAGCAGCCAGUAGGGGCUACGUGGAUUAUCUCCUCCAUGACCAAAGGGCAAAAGACUUACUAGAGUGGACACGAAAAACAGACGUACCUGACGAAACAUUCUUUUCUACGCUGAAUAGCAACUCUCAUUUAAAUGUUCCCGGUUCUUAUAAUGGUAAUUACUUGGCUAAUCCAAUCCACACAUACACAUCGUCGUUGACUCGCUACAAGCAGUGGAGGUUUGCUGGACAUGAAGAUCUCUGCAAAGGGAAGUUUGUCCGAAAUAUCUGCAUUUUAGGCGUCGGAGAUUUGCCGGUGUUAGCAAAAAGUGAAAUGCUGUUUGCCAAUAAGUUUUUCCUCGAUUUCCAACCAUUAGCCCUAGAAUGCAUGGAAGAACUUGUUUACAAUCGGACCAGGGACGAAUACUUAGGAAGUAUUCAUUUUAAUGACACACUUUAUACACAGCAGGACUUUGUGAUAAAUCAAAUACGAUAACUGAAUAAGUCGACAAAGUUCAAAUACUUGUGAGUUGUGAGUUUGUUUAUUUAGGAUAUUUUAUUUGAAACUUUAUGCAUAGCAGGACUUUGUGACAACCCAGAAACGAUAACCGAUAAAAAAAUUAGAUAUUAGUGGAUAAAGUUCAAUUACUUGUGUUGUGAGGUUAUGUAAGAUAUGCUAUUUGUAACCUUAUGUUUAGAGAGUUAGAUGAAAUUGUUUUGU